AGGCGGGGCGGGGGCGGUUGCUGCUCCGCCAGCUGCGGGCGGUGGCUGCAGCGGCAGCACAAGGCGGUGCCUGCUCCAGCGCCCAGUUCGCGAGGAGCGAGUGGCGAGCGUCCCGUUGCCCGCCCUCACGGCCUCACCAUGUUCCAGCUCGCACGAGGUUUCGUCUUGCCAGCGGCCGCCUGCGACGGGAACAGGGAUGGUGACUCCCGGUACGCCAAUCUCUUCAGGAAGCUAGACCUCAACGAAGAUGGGAGGGUGGAUAUCGCCGAGCUGCAGACGGGCCUCCGGGCCAUGGGCAUCCCCCUGGGGAAAGAGGCGGAGGAGAAAAUUUUUAAAGCUGGAGAUACCAACCAGGAUGGACAGCUGGAUUUUGAAGAAUUUAUGCAGUAUCUUAAAGAUCAUGAGAAGAAGAUGAAACUGGCAUUUAAGAGCCUGGACAAAAACAAUGAUGGGAAAAUUGAAGCAUCAGAAGUUGUCCAGUCUCUCAAGAUAUUGGGCAUAAACAUUUCAGAAAAACAGGCAGAAAAGAUCCUGCAAAGUAUUGAUGCUGAUGGAACAAUGACAGUAGACUGGAAUGAGUGGAGAGAUCAUUUUAUGUUUAACCCAGCUACAGACAUUGAGGAAAUAAUUCGAUACUGGAAACAUUCCACUGUGUUGGAUAUAGGAGAUAGUUUGACUGUUCCAGAUGAGUUCACGGAGGAAGAGAAAAAGACUGGACAGUGGUGGAAACAGCUGUUGGCAGGAGGAGUGGCUGGUGCUGUCUCUCGAACAGGCACAGCACCAUUAGAUCGCCUUAAAGUGAUGAUGCAGGUUCAUGGUUCAAAAUCAAACAAAAUGAAUAUAGCCAGUGGUUUUAAGCAAAUGUUGAAAGAAGGUGGUGUCCGAUCCCUCUGGAGGGGAAAUGGUGUAAAUGUUGUGAAAAUAGCUCCUGAAACAGCUAUUAAGUUCUGGGCUUAUGAACAGUAUAAGAGAAUACUUACUAAGGAUGAUGGAAAGUUAGGCACUGUUGAAAGAUUUGUAUCCGGUUCUUUGGCUGGAGCAACAGCACAAACUUCUAUAUAUCCCAUGGAGGUUUUAAAGACAAGAUUGGCUGUGGGUAAAACAGGGCAAUAUUCUGGGAUGUUUGACUGUGCUAAGAAGAUCUUGAAAAGAGAAGGUGUGAAGGCCUUCUACAAAGGCUAUAUUCCUAAUAUUCUGGGUAUAAUUCCCUAUGCUGGCAUUGACCUUGCUGUUUAUGAGCUCUUAAAGAGUACAUGGCUAGAACACUAUGCAUCAAGCUCUGCUAACCCAGGUGUUUUUGUACUGUUGGGAUGUGGUACUGUUUCCAGCACAUGUGGGCAGUUAGCCAGUUACCCUCUUGCUCUCAUCAGAACACGCAUGCAAGCUCAAGCCUCUGUGGAAGGAGCUCCACAACUAAACAUGGUCAGUCUAUUUCAAAGAAUUGUUGCUACAGAGGGAAUCCGAGGACUUUAUAGGGGCAUAGCCCCUAAUUUUAUGAAAGUGCUUCCAGCCGUCAGCAUCAGCUAUGUUGUAUAUGAAAAAAUGAAACAGAAUUUGGGAAUAGCAUGAAAUGAAGGAAAAAGGGGAGAUGCUUCUAAUGUUGCUGAACACCAGAACAAAAAUGAUUUCUCAAGUAAUUUGCUCUCACAAUAGAGAUGGAUAUCUGGGGAGAGAUGCUGCAACUUCUACUUUUGCCAUGAAGUGGGAAGAAACUUUAUUAAAUUCUAGUUCACCAUUUCUAAAGAGAUACCUAUAUUGCACUUUAAAUGUCACUGAGUUUAAGAAACAAAAAAGAAUCGAGAAACUAUCUUUAAAUCAGCAAUUUGUUUAUAUUUUCAAGAAAUUGUGUGUAUUUUACUCAUUGGCUUUUUUUUUUUGUAUUUGUCUUUAAAUGUAUAUUUGGCUUGGAUCAAACCAAAGGUAGGAGAAGUUUAUACUGCCUUGAUACUUAAUAGAUUAAAGUGACUUCUUGUUUUGUCAUGCUGCCUAUACUUAAGCAACUCACAGGCAAAAUUUUGCAUGCCUAGAAGUAAGCACUUACUAUUGCUACUUUUGAAGACUUAAUGUUAAGUUUGUAAGAAACAGCAUCUUAGAUACAGAUGAGGAUGGAGUAACACAUUAAAAUGUAUCCCAUCACCUUUAUCUUCAGGUGAACCUUUUCAGGGUUUUUUAAAAAUGUUUUUAUUUAAAGAAUAAGAGCCUGAGAAACUGCUAUUCCACAGUAUCAGAAUACCUCAAAUGAAUUUACAUGGUAUUUUUAUAAUACAAUCAGUAAUUUUCAUAGUUCGCUUUGCUGGACUUGCUUUUCAUUGCACUUCUAAAAGUUAGCAGCGUUGACCGUGACAAGCUUUGGGUUACAGCUGCAUGUUUUAUAGGAUCAGAGUAUACAGGAGCAGGAAAAGCUCCCUUACUGGAUCCAUUCCAUAUAAGUGCAAGUCUCCAUUUAAAAAUGGAGUGGAGUAUCCAGUAUUAAGCUGAUAAUGAUUGUAGUACAGCCCAUAGUGGAGCUAAUCAUAGCUACCCUGGGGAGAGAAAUCCUUCUCAUUUUGGACUAUCCAUUCUCUCCCUCCCUUACUCGGAGGGCUACUGUCCUUUAUGUACUUUUAGCCACUAGAGGAUUGCAUUAUUAUGUAAAGGUUUUACAGGUUUGUCAUGCAAGAGAAAUCCUUUUUCUCUCACAAUCUUCUGUGCUGGCUGUGUGUGUGAAAUUCAGGUAGCAAAAUACUGAGGUAUUUUGUCCAAGUGACCAAAUGGGGCUGCUGAUCUCAGGUGCCCAUCAGAUUGGUGUUAAUGAAGCAAGCAAAGCACACACAGAGAACUUGUUACUGCUUGAGAAACAGCUCCUUAAAAAACAAAACAGCACUUCCUUGGUGCACAACAGUAGGUUUUUCUACGUACUUCCUUUGGGGGUGGGGAUGGGCACAUUUCAGUUGUCAUCAGGCAUGAACACUGAAAACAGAAUACCAGUUAUUGCCAAACUCAUUUGUUACACUUUUUCUGCUUUCUGCUAUGUGUGGUGUCUUAAUCUUUGUAAAUUCAAGAUUAUCUUUAAACUUACCUUGACCUUCUAAGAGCAACUGCCCUUAGACCACAUCUGUGAAAUUGGAUACAGAAGGAAGAACUUUGUUCCUGUAAGGUGAUUAAGGGAUCCUCUCCACUCCUCCUUUUUUGUAAUUAAACAACCAAAUAAGCAAGCAAACAUAACUAACUGCCUGAACCUCCCUUGUUCCACAUGCUGUUUGGGCCAGGUUUUCCAAACAGCAGUCAGGUGUUGAUCUGUGUUUAGUGCUUCCAUGGCUGAUAUUUAUUCUCCAUCAGCUGAUAUUUAACAACUCCAGAAAAAUUUGUAUUAUAAAAUGUUGUUUUAUCGUAUUUCAGAAAAUGGCAGAUUUAGCUGUGUCUUUCAGCCUUCCCUUUAGGGGAACCUUGGACUUUGCACUUUUCUAAAAAAAAAAAAACAAAAGGUCAUU